AUGUUCUUAUCCGUCACCUCUGCCAUGUUCCCUGAGCAACUGGCCGCUCGUCGAGGCGCUCUGCUCGACAUUCAACCUCCUCACCACCAUUCCCCGCUCCGUCCUGCCCACCUGCAUGUCUCCGUCUCAGCUGAUUGGCAUCCGUGUCCCGCCAAAGCUUUCCUUUGCAGUUUUAUCCUGGCCGCACAGCCCUCGUGCGCGCUCGGCGACUUUUCCGGUCGGCCAGUUCCGUCAUCGCAGCUCCCGUCCUGCCACUCUCCGCCGACAGCUCGUCCCCAGAGGCUUGUCAGCUGUUUGUUGAGCCCUGUUCCAUCUCCUGUCGCUGCGCUCCAAGCAGCGCGAUCCUUCCGUGGAUGGCGGUAUACUGCUUGCCACGCCCCGUACGUUUUUCCGCUGGCAGCUGCACCCUCCCCUUGGUGGCCAGAAUCGCCCGACACGCAAAUGCACGCUGGUGCUCGCAUGUAA